GGAGCUUUAUUGAAGUCCUCUUUUCUCUGGACGAUGAACAACAGCAUCAACUAAUUUUACAGAGCUGCAGGGAAAUUCUCACCUCAGUUUAGAAACGUUUUUUGAAAAUAUUGAUCCAAAAGAGUCAAAAAAGACUCGUAUGGCACUUUAAGCAUUUUUUAGGACUAAUGUAAAGUGAAUAUAUUUGUUUUUCUUUAAUUAAAGAUAUUUUUUGCGCAUAUGUUUUUAAAAAAUAGCUCCAUAUUAUUGUUAGUCCCACUGUUUUUGCUGACCUUCCUAAUGAAAGGUCAGCCCCUCCCCUUUCAGGAAGAAAGGCUGAAGUAAGUGAACCCUUCAGAUUGAACCUUGGCCCUUCAUCUUCAUGAUGUUUACCCGGGAGGGAAAAUGCUGGCUCGGUCUUUGAAGUUAUUAUGAACUGAUGACAAGCUAGUAAUUAUAUUGAAGUGCAAAAGAUAAGAUGGUUUCUAACCUAACUGCUAUACUCCUGUGUUACAUAUCAAGUGCCCAAUGACAAUAUUUUCAUCCCUGUUUUCAGCUGGUAGCUUCUGCCAGUGUGGAUUCUUCUUCUUUUUUUUAAUUUUUUUUUUCUCCACCAAGAGUUUACAGCUCAACUUUGUCACUUUGAAAUAUGCUGGUUACAGUGGGGGGGGGCUACCUUGGUCAGUUCAAAUCUGGACAUAUGGAGUUGUCCUGCUGGUUACAGGCCAUCUUAUUUCAUGCUAGAGGGGGGUAAAGGAGUGUGGAGGAGCAUCUGGGAGUCACAAGCUCCCCAGCUCUGUAGCUCUGCCCCCCGCGCGCUUGCUAAGGAUCGGUGGAGUGUGCGCAACUAGAGCUGCCUUCUUGACCAAUCGGCUUCACCCAAUUGAUGCCCAGGCACAUGCCUACAUACCAUUCAUGUACAAAAGUCUCAAUUCUUCCACUGAGAUUUAGGAUGUUUUGUUCAUCCUGGUAGUUAGUGACACGCACAGCCUUUUAUUUACAUGUAAUAUCUUGGAAAUCUCAUUCUUCAGUGCCGUAGGGCUUUUGAAGUAGUGUCAAGCAGACAGCUCACUCACUAUAUAUGCUCCACCACCUGCGUCAGAUGCUGGGAUAGAAAGACAGUAUGAUGCGCAGCAGCAGCAAUGACCUCUUUAUUUCAGAUCUGUGGAGACUUCUAGAUACAAGUACUUAAACCACAGACUUUUUUCUCUCCUAUCCAUUGGCCAGGAUUCAAGAAAGCAGAACAGGAUAAAGAAUUCAAAGUUUUGUUUUUAAUAUUUCAUGAAAAUGCUAGUGGAAUAUAAGAAAAGCAUUGGUUCAUAUUUCUUCCAUUUUCCUUCAAAUAUGUAAUAAUAUUCCCACUGAAACUGGAUCAGUUCAUUUGGGUAAGAUCAAGCCAGUAAUCGCCCUCUUUUUAGUUUGUGUUAAAUUCUCAAUUGGCAGAAAAAUGGAAGUCUGACUACAAGUCAGUGAUAAACUAAACCGCAAAGCCUUUCUUCCCUCAGUUAGUCUGCAAGCAUUCCUUUUGUUUUCUAUCAGAGACCUUCAUUGCAUGACUGAAAGCUAAAGCUAGUGCUACAGUUUUGUUUUUAUUUUGUUGUGAUUUGGUGCUUUAUUUCCAUAAUCAACAAAUAAUGUAUUGUUUGAAGAACUUUUACUAACGAUCUUGUUUUCUGAUUUUGUCUCUUUUGGUUUUUUCCACAACUGAUAUUGUUAUUUAGAAGGUUUCAGGUGGGUGACACUAUUCCUGCGUAGGUGCCUGGCGGAAAGGAACACUAGGGCAGCCUCAGUCCUCUCCUCUUCUUCCAGCCAGCUGCGACCACCACUCUGACAAAGUCCAAAAAUAUGGCUUGUUACCUGAAAGCCAUUGAGACUCAGCCCAACUUUGCAGUAGCUUGGAGCAACCUCGGUUGUGUGUUCAAUGCCCAGGGGGAAAUAUGGCUCGCUAUACAUCACUUUGAAAAGGCAGUUACCUUGGACCCAAAUUUCCUGGAUGCUUAUAUCAAUUUAGGAAAUGUUUUGAAAGAAGCUCGCAUCUUUGACAGAGCUGUCGCUGGAUACCUGAGAGCUCUGAGUCUGAGCCCCAACCAUGCAGUGGUUCACGGAAACCUGGCCUGCGUCUACUACGAACAGGGACUCAUCGACCUGGCCAUCGACACCUACCGGCGGGCCAUUGAGCUGCAGCCCCACUUCCCCGAUGCCUACUGCAAUCUGGCAAACGCACUGAAGGAGAAAGGAAAUGUGUCUGAAGCAGAAGAGUGCUACAACACAGCCUUGCGUUUGUGUCCAACUCACGCCGAUUCCCUGAAUAACCUGGCAAAUAUCAAACGUGAACAGGGCAACAUCGAGGAGGCAGUCCAGCUCUACAGAAAGGCAUUGGAGGUGUUCCCAGAGUUUGCAGCAGCUCAUUCUAACCUUGCCAGUGUCCUGCAGCAGCAGGGCAAACUUCAGGAGGCUCUCAUGCACUACAAGGAGGCCAUCAGGAUCAGCCCCACAUUUGCUGAUGCCUAUUCCAACAUGGGAAAUACUCUGAAGGAAAUGCAGGAUGUCCAGGGAGCCCUGCAGUGCUACACUCGUGCCAUCCAGAUCAAUCCGGCCUUCGCUGAUGCUCAUAGUAACUUGGCCUCCAUCCAUAAGGAUUCUGGAAACAUCCCAGAGGCCAUAGCAUCCUAUCGCACCGCCUUGAAACUCAAGCCAGAUUUUCCUGAUGCGUACUGUAACUUGGCACAUUGCUUACAGAUUGUGUGUGACUGGACAGACUAUGACGAGCGAAUGAAGAAGCUGGUUAGCAUCGUGGCUGACCAGCUGGACAAGAACCGCUUGCCGUCAGUUCACCCGCACCACAGCAUGCUCUACCCGCUCUCCCACAACUUCCGCAAGGCAAUCGCCGAGCGCCAUGGAAACCUUUGCCUGGACAAGGUACACGCACUGAUCAAAAUUAACGCACUGCACAAACCUGCUUACGAGCAUCCCAAGGAUUUGAAGGCCAGUAGUGGACGUCUGCGCAUCGGCUACGUCAGCUCCGACUUCGGCAACCACCCCACAUCCCACCUGAUGCAGUCUAUCCCUGGAAUGCACAAUCCAGAGAAGUUUGAGGUUUUCUGCUACGCGCUCAGCCCUGACGAUAGCACAAACUUCCGUGUGAAGGUGGUAGCAGAAGCCCAUCACUUCACAGAUCUCUCACAGAUCCCUUGCAAUGGCAAAGCAGCCGAUCGCAUUCACCAGGAUGGGAUCAACAUUCUGGUCAACAUGAACGGAUACACCAAAGGAGCCCGAAACGAGCUGUUUGCCCUUCGCCCUGCUCCCAUUCAGGCCAUGUGGCUUGGUUAUCCCGGAACCAGCGGAGCCCCGUUCAUGGACUACAUCAUAACUGACAAGGAGACGUCUCCUAAGGAAGUGGCUGAGCAGUACUCUGAGAAGCUCGCCUACAUGCCAAACACCUUUUUCAUUGGAGAUCACGCCAACAUGUUCCCCCACCUCAAGAAAAAGGCAGUGAUCGAUUUCAAGUCAAAUGGUCACAUCUUCGACAACCGCAUUGUUCUGAACGGCAUUGAUCUGAAGGCCUUCUUGGACAGUCUGCCUGACGUCAAAGUCAUCAAAAUGAAGUGUGACAACAACCAGGAAUCAGCUGGUGACUCCAACGGAGCUCUGUCCAUGCCUGUAAUUCCCAUGAACACAGCCGCAGAGGCAAUCAUUAAUAUGAUCAAUCAAGGCCAAAUCCAGGUCACAAUCAAUAACUUCACUGUCAGCAACGGCCUGGCCACCACACAGAUCAACAACAAAGCUGCCACCGGGGAGGAAGUGCCACGUACCAUUGUAGUUACGACCCGUUCCCAGUACGGCCUCCCAGAAGACUCCAUCGUUUACUGCAACUUCAACCAGCUCUACAAGAUCGACCCGCCGACUCUACAGAUGUGGGCCAAUAUCCUGAAACGAGUGCCCAACAGUGUGCUGUGGCUCCUCCGCUUCCCUGCUGUCGGGGAGCCCAACAUUCAGCAGUACGCUCAGAACCUUGGUCUCCCCGCCUCCCGCAUCAUUUUCUCCCCUGUGGCUCCUAAGGAGGAGCAUGUGAGGAGAGGCCAGCUCGCUGACGUGUGCCUCGACACGCCGCUGUGCAACGGUCACACGACGGGCAUGGACGUCCUCUGGGCUGGAACUCCCAUGGUAACCAUGCCAGGUGAGACCCUGGCUUCCCGUGUUGCAGCUUCUCAGCUCCGCUGUCUGGGCUGCCCUGAGCUGAUUGCACAUAGCCGCCAGGACUACGAGGACAUCGCAGUUAAGCUGGGAUCAGACAUGGAGUACCUAAAGAUGAUCAGAGCACGCGUGUGGAAGCAUCGAAUCUGCAGCCCCCUCUUCAACACCAAGCAGUACACAAUGGACCUGGAAAAGCUCUACCAGCUGAUGUGGGAGCACCACAGCAACGGCAACAAGCCAGACCACCUGGUUAAGCUGCAACCGGCCGAGGUCACUGAGAGCGCCUGAACUGGCCACACUCCUGCAUCCCAUCUGAACUGUUUAGGACAGGGCAGGCUUUAGUUUCCUCUGUGAAUGACUGUCUUCGGCUCUCUCAUUCACUCCUAAUUGCCAACAGCCCGCACACGCUCACAUUUGUCCCCGUUACAUCAGUCAUGGAGUCACGCAUCUGCAUCUCCUGAGCCGGAUGAAGCCUGAAGCCUUCAGGCUCUGCGUCUGAGACUCUUGAAACACUAUAUGUACUUGGUGAGCAUGAGAGGAUUGUGAUGUCCUGCUACUUCCUCAGUGCUUGGAACUGUGGAUUUUUCUCGUUUCCUCCUCUUGUUGUGAGAGAAUACACAGCAGUCAUUUCUGAUCUAUUUAUAAAUGGGUUAAGGAUGCUGUGUGUUUUACAGUUUUCAAUGUUGCCCCAUUAAAGUCUAAACUAUGAGCCCAGUUUCAUCAGCUUUACCCUGUAAAACAAAUCGCAUUGGAUGUUUGGCUGCAGUAAAGUUUUAAGGACCUAGUCUACAUGAUGGCUUCUUCCCUCAGCAAAUGCCAACUUUUAUUAAUCUUGUCAAUCAAGAGACAUGCUCAGUAGUUUUUUUUAUUAUUAUUUUAGAGUUUGGGUUUUGGAAAAGGAACUUAAAAGUCUAAGUUUAAAAGCACCCGUUUGAUGACUUGGGCUGUUCAUAAAUCUAUAUUUUUUUCAAACCAGGGCUGGGUAAGUAUUUUCUACACAGUUUUUUUGUUUUUGUAUUGUCUGAUAACUGUUUGCUGUUAGUGCUGCUGCAAGUCUCUCUGUAAUAAAUAAGAGAUUGCAAAAAGAAAA